UGGUUGAUGUUCAAACUGUUCGGGUCGCUCGACUACAAUUCAUUUGCUACGGGCCGCGAACGGACGUGAAAAAGCGGUGAAAACGCCACAGUGCCAGUGCAAAACUAAAAAGAAAUAUCCAAACCAAAUCCAAAAAAGAGGGAGAGAGCAAAUAAAAAACAGCAAAAUUAGCUGGAGGAGCAACAACAAAUUUGAUAUAUAUAUAUAAAUAUCUGUAUGUGCUUUAAUAGUGAAACACGCACGCACACACUCGCACACGCACGUUGUCCGCUCGCAUCCGCAGCUGUAUGAGUGUGUAUAUAGGCGGCUGGUAAAAUUCCACUGUGAAACGAAAGGAAGUUAUUGUUGUUGCAUAUUAACAAAACAAAUAACGUGUACUCUGCUCUCGGUGUGUCGUAAAAUCUAAAAACGUGUAAGACAGGUGAAAAAUAGCAUUGCAAUACGAGCAGAACUGCGGAAAAUAAAACAAGAGGCGGUCACGUUUUUCGACAUUAUUUGUUUUCUUUGUUUUUGUGCACCGCCGCCCACGCGAGAGAAAGGGAGUGAACGAAGAGUCGCGCAGGGAGCCUGCUCCAACAAGUGCACUUUAAUUGCUGCUCCAAAAAUAGAGUAUAAAAACCGUUCGUUCGAGUGAAAAUAACGCGACGUUAUCGCUAUCGUUAUCGCCCACACGCAGCCCGUACGCGUACACACACAUUCGGACAUUCGAGACGUCCUGAUAAGCGGAUAGAGUAAACAUCCACACUUAUCAGCAUAUUCCACUCGUUCCAACAUAAAUAUAAACACACGCUUCGAAAUGCCAUUCUAAAUUUGAAACAAAUCCGGGAAAUACAAAGAAAAAACGUACCUAGGCUCGCCAGCCACCAGAAAAAGAGUAAUUCGCCCCGCAAGCGAAUUCGCCGUCUACGAAGCAGCAGUCGCCUUCGCCUUCGCCGCAUCGACAACCUGUUUGCUCGGCCAUAACUCGCCCCGGCAUUUAUCUCUCAAUUAUUUCUGCAUUGACGUAAGGAGCGCAGACCACUUCCACCAUUCCACCGCAACUGCAACAAACGACGGCGACGCAGCAGCAGCAGGAGCAGCCUACGGUUACACUGCCCAGGAGCGGAUUCAAAAGCGAAAUCGGAGUCCGACAAGGAUCGGGGAGGAGCAGUGGUAGCGGUAGCGGCAGCGGCAGCCCCACCAUGGAGCCCUACUGGAGCGAGGCGAACGGACACGCCGCACAUCCGGUUAAGUAUGAGAGCGAAGCAGCUGUCUCCAGUUUUCCUUAUUGCACAGAAUCUAGUUUAAAUUUUUCAACAUCCGCCACGGCAUACAGCGAGGACGAUGCUGAAUAUGCCACCGGAAGACGUAAUAAAACAUCGAGGCAAGAUCCGCUCUCCCAUCGCAUAAUCGAGAAGCGGAGACGGGAUCGCAUGAACUCCUGCCUGGCGGAUCUAUCCCGCCUCAUCCCGCCGCAGUAUCAGCGCAAGGGUCGUGGCCGCAUCGAGAAGACGGAGAUCAUCGAGAUGGCCAUCCGUCACCUGAAGCACCUGCAGAGCGAGUGCCAGCAGAAGGAGAGCGACUACCGGAGUGGCUACAUGGACUGCAUGAAGGAGGCGGCCAAGUUUCUCUACGACGUCCACAUGCAGGACUUUUGCCACCGCCUGUUGGGUCGCCUGCAGGAGCACAUCGAUGAGAUGUUCAAGACGGACUGCUACAAGUCAACGCGCAGCUGCCACAUGCCGGACAAUGUGAGCGCCUCGAGUGGCAGCCCGCACCAGGCAUACCAUCCUCCUUUGUGCCACCUGCGUGACAUGCUGGGCGCUGCCUCGGCCUCGGAUGUGGAGCACAGCCAGGAUCACAACGACGUCAAGGAUCUGAGCUUCCGCAACCAUCUCAACCAGCUGCAGAGGAGCCAGCAGGCGGCAGCAGCAGCAGCCGCCGCUGUCGUUGCCGUGGCCAAUGGCAGCUCGAACGGAUCGAACGGUGCCCUUGAGUCAAAGGUGCCGCUGACCAAUGGAGCAGGCAGUGGUGGAGCCUCUUUAGGGGGCGACAAUGUGCCCAGUAAUUCCACGGGAAGCGGAGCCGGUGCGGUGGCCAGUGGCAACAACAACAGCAACAGCAGUGGCAGCAACAGCAGCAGCAAUGCGGCUAGCUCCACCACCUGCCCGCCGGCGCCCAAGGUCACACCGCUGGCUGCCCAUCAGCAGCCGCACCAGGCUCCCGUGAUCACCUCCACAGCCCCCCAUCAUCAUCAUCACCACAACACGGACAGCAGCCACCACGACUUUGAGUCGUCGCGGGAACCCAUACUCCACACAGACACCUCCAACAUGCACUCGCCGCCGCCCAGGGAUCUGCUGUUGCAGCAGCAUCCCCAUCUGGCCCACAGCCACCACACCCAGGACAGCCUGCUAUCCGUGCGGAUGCGCAACUACUCGGAGUCGUCGCACGAGGUGGAGCACAACAACAACUACAAGUACAAGAACCACAUCAAGGAGCGCUUCGUCCACGAACUGCACGACGAGGAGACGAGUAGCGAACACUGUCCAGUGGCUGCUCACCUGCAGAGCGAUCACUCGCACAUGCAGGCUCACUCGGAGCACUCGAAGGACGGUACCGAGCCGGAGAUAGCUCCGAUUAUGGCGAAGAAGCGAAAGCUGGCUGAGGCGGCGGCCAAUGGCGAGAUACCGCUGGAGGUGCACACCGAGGCCAGCGGCACCAAUGCGAAUCCCGCCCGUCUGGACAAGCCCUCGCCCUCGUUCAACUUUAGCGACAUCAAGGACAUCAAGUCCGAGCUGCAUAACGGCAACUCCAACUCCAGUCCGCUCUUGGCCAAGCUGAGCGCUGUGGCGGCUGCCGGAGCCCAGCUGAGCACUCCCAGCAGCACCACUGCCCCGCUGGCGCCGAGGCACUCCUUCACCGUGCCCAUCUUUGCGCUCCACGGCCAGGGUAACUACUAUGUGCCCCUCAACGUCGACUACAAUGCGCUGGUGCCGUACCUGAACGGCAUGGAUCUGCUGGAGAAGAGCUUCACGAGCAUGCCAGUAGUGCAUCCCAUCAACAUCAAUGUUAACUUCAUGCCCAGCACCCCGUCCCUGUUGGCCGCCGCUGCGGCUGCUGCUGCCGUGGCAGCCGGAAAACAACAACAACCUGCGGGAGCGGGAAUUCCCCUUUCCACGAACUCGGCGGCGGCCCAGGCGGCAGCAGUGGCUGCAGCAGCGGUGGCCAAGGCCAAGCUGGAGCAGGCCAUGAACCAGAGUUGGUAGGACAAAGAAGAGCAAGAGAGCAGGCGACGGGUCGGCAGAUGGAACAACUCUACCUCAGUACUUCUGUGAAUAAUCAUUAAAUGAUUAAUCUCAAAACAAAAACACUAAGCGGCAUCUGCGGCCAAGUAAAAAAGAAGAAAUGGAGAAUGCGAAUUCAAUGGGGGUGCUUCUGAUAGCUCCAGGGAUUUAGGGAGCCUAGGAAAGGGAAAGAAUGUAGGGUUUAAAGUUUAAAGCUAGUUCCAAGCCAAGAAAUACUUAAAAAGUGUAAAACAAACGUUUAUAGAGAUUUAUAGAUCCCAAAAAAAGCUUGAUGACAUAAAUGAAAUUCAGCAUAGCAUACUUUUAGACACCACAGGACUAGAUAUAAAAUCUCUGGGGAUUUCAGAAGCGCCGGGCUUUAUUAUUCUUAUUUGGUUUGAUAAACCGAUAAAUGAACUUGAUGAAGGAGAGCAAACAAUUGGUUUUGCUAGUUAACUAUUUUUGAACAAAGCAUAAAUGUCUAUUAUAUAAAAAAAAAACAUAUAUGUAUGUGUAGAAAACAUGCAUGUGUAUGAUGCCAAGAGUCAGUCCCACGUAAAAAGAAAUCUAAUGGAUUUUAAAACAAAACUAAAUGUGAAUUAAAUGUAUUUUUUAGAGGUUUAACGUUUUUGCAAUUUAAAUAAUUGUUGUGGUUUCAAAUCAGGUAGUCUAAUAAUGCAAACUGGCAUAUAUAGUAAAAAAUAUAUAUAUACACAAGAAGAUAUAUUGAUAAAUACAUACAUAUAUAUAUAUAUAUUUAGUAAACCACUAGUCAGAGAACUUGUAGGAAGAUGUAAACAAAACAAACAACAAAAUGGGAGGAAAAACAAAUCAAAAAACAAAUUAUUUUAAAUUCUAUGUGUAAAUACUAUUUGCAAGCAAAUUGUCGUUCGUUUAAGUUUGUAUUUUAGUGACAAAUUAUUUUAAGUUGGUUGGUUAACAUGUGAAAAAAAAUACAUAAAAAACGAAAAUUAAAAAAAAAUCCAAAAACUUUUCUAUUCAAGAAAAUGUGCAACCCGUUUCAUUCUCGAAAUGCGGAUAUAGCAUCUAUUAUUAUUAUUACUACUACUAUUAUUAUUAUUAUUAUUAUUAUUAUUAUUAUUGCUACUGUCUAACACCUAAGUUGAUUGUUUCUUUGUGUUCUUGUUAUUCAACAAUUAUAUGCAAUUUCCAAGAUCUUUCUAUAUGUCGUCACCUGUUUCCAUAAAAUCCUGUUUGGCAAGCUAAGCUUCGUGUGCGGCUGAAACUGAAAGUUGAUAUAGCACAAAGAUAUAGAUUAUUAAUGUUUUAUGACUCUUAUUAAUGUGUACGAUUACUUUUACUGUGUACGGUACUGUUAAUAUACAACUAUGUUACUGUUUAAUAUAUUUUAUAAAUGUAUACAGAUGUAAUAAAAAAAAAUGUCCGAAAA